GCUUGGGUGAGCUACAAACUUUGCUGUCUUGUUCUCCAACUUCUGCCUCCAACUUAGCGGGUCUGAACGUUGCCACCCAAUUCUUUCCAAACUUCGAAAAUCUGCUUUUUCCUUCUCCUUGUCUGCCUCCUAUAGUCCCCAAAAUUUCCCCCCCUCCUGUGUCCUCUUCACCCCCUUCCUUUGGGGGGCCCGUGACCCUAAAUGUGGGGGGAACACUAUAUUCCACUACACUGGAGACCCUGACACGCUUCCCAGACUCCAUGCUGGGGGCCAUGUUUAGGGCUGACACCCUAAUGCCGGCCAAUCUCAACCCACAAGGAGAUGGCCAUUACUUCAUCGACAGGGACGGUAAGGCUUUCCGGCACAUCCUCAAUUUCCUGCGGCUAGGCCGUCUGGACCUGCCCCGUGGGUAUGGAGAAACUGCCCUUCUCAAGGCAGAGGCUGACUUCUACCAGAUCCGGCCCCUCCUGGAUGCACUGCGGGAAUUGGAAGCCUCUCGGGGUACACCUGCGUCCACAGCUGCCCUGCUCCAUGCAGACGUAGAUGUUAGCCCCCGCCUGGUGCACUUCUCUGCUCGACGGGGCCCCCACCACUAUGAGCUGAGUUCUGUCCAGGUGGACACCUUCCGAGCCAACCUCUUCUGCACAGACCCUGAGUGUCUGGCUGCCAUGCGCAACAGAUUUGGUGUGGCCAGUGGGGACAGGGCAGAAGGAGGUCCACAUUUUCGGCUAGAGUGGGCCUCCCGCCCCCAGGAACUCCCUGAAGUAGAAUAUCAAAGACUGGGCCUCCAGCCACUGUGGACUGGGGGACCAGAAGAUCGGCGGGAGGUAGUGAACACGCCUACGUUCCUGGAGGAGGUGCUACGGGUGGCUCUGGAACAUGGCUUCCGCCUGGACUCUGUCUUCCCAGACCCUGAAGACCUUCUGAACUCUAGAUCCUUGCGCUUUGUGCGCCACUGAGGAUGCUACCCUUCACUUGACUGAGGAGAGGAGGGGGAGUGAGACAGCCAAGGGGCUAAUGGCUCUUCUAAAACCUCUUUCUAGUUCUGGUGUGGGAGCUAUGAGAGUCAGGGAUCCCACCAGGCCUGGGAUUCCCAAACCGAGCUGCCCCACUCCCCCCAAGACUUGUGAAUGGUCUAGAAGAUCAAUACUGGGACUUAUCCUGGGAAAGCAUCAUGGAUUCUCCAGCCUGUUCUUGCUUAAGGAUGGGUCCUCUGUAUUCAGAGGUGUGGAAAAGUAAGAAAGCACCCCUUUGCCCAGGCUAAACCUAGCAGAGCUCUGGAGGGUUGAGCAUUAGGUGGGAGGACACACUUUGAAUUAUCAGAUGUAAUCUGUUCUCUAGACUGUGGUUUCCUCUACUGGACCUGUCACCUUAUCCUACUGUGACCAU